GUACAAGCUGAGCUCGAGCUCAUACCCUUUGUUGACGUCUUGUUCGGGGGGUUGUUGGCUUCCAUUGUCGUUUGUGAAACGUGCAAGUCAGUCUCGCACACGUACGAGGGCUUCCUCGACCUGUCACUGAGCAUGCGUGGUGACGACGACGCACCCGCCCGUCAGCGUAAACGUGACCGAUUUCGAGGGCUUGCACACCGCCUU